AUGACACGUGGUGUGUUGGUGUUUGCUGGCGCAGUUACGAUAGAUUUCUGCGUGUGGUCUCCAGAACAUUCUACAUAUGACUACGACAAGCUAGCUAGAAUAAUGUAUCUUUACGAUCCUCAUGCCUGUGGUUACAACCUUCGAACUUCGAGGUCCAUUUGGAAUCUCCAAUUUAGCAAUGAUACUCUUGGACUGAACAUUCUGCCGAUUGAAUGGAUGCCAGCAGUUGUGACUGUAUCUACUAAAUUAUCGGCAAAAACUAGAAAAUACGUUAAGUUAAGUGUCAUCGUGCAUGUAUUUUGGUUGUUAACAGCAAUUACCUUAAGGAUAUUCAGAUCAACAACCAAAUUAAGCUUUCUCAAAAUUCUUCUGAGCACUAUGUUUUAUAUGAGUGUAUUUGUCAUAAUUUUCGAUUUAUCAAUGGCAAUCGUUUACAUUGCUCAUAUUCAACAAAGCUUGACAAAAGGAAUGAUUCUUAGAUACAGCGGAUGGAGUGUGGAAAUGAAGAUUAAAAAUCACCAUGAUUUCGGUGGCUGGCUUCCAAUCAUCGCUUGUACGUGUUGGUUAAGAGGAAAUUUCGGUCUCGCUCUAAAUAUUUACUGCUGUAGAAUUUUACAUUUAAUAAGACGCCGUGUCAAAAAAAGUGAAGUGAGAACUAGAUUGAUUUUGCACGAAAAUUAUCCGAUUCCUGAACCACAAUAUGAGGAACCACUUGAUGAUAAAGUACUUUAUUAUAGAACAGGAGAGUUUAAGCCUCAGUCCAAAAAAAUCUAUAGAUCUAUAUUUUUCUUUUAA